UAUUGCUUUCAAGUUUUUUCUUUUACAUAUUGUUUCCAAAUACAUUCUAAUGCCAGUUUUAAAAUGUUCAAACGAAGUCAUUUUCUUCAAACCAUUUGACUUGACUAUGAUCACAACUAUGCUAUGCUAUAUUUCUAUCCCCAUCUAAAGAGAAGCAGCUUGCACAGCAGAGUCACAUCAGGUGUGUGAGCCGCUCAUGUGACUCUCACUGCACUGCUGCCACCUGCUGGACAGUUCACACCGCUUCACUGCAGUAACACUAAAGCAGAAGCAGUGCAGUCUGUGGUGACAGUGGUGGUGUUGAUGUGUGUCAGUCUGCAGACGCUGGUUCUGGACGGGAAUCUGCUGUCUGCUCUCCCAGUGGAGCUGGGUCGUCUGCAGCGGCUGGUCUAUCUGGGUCUGUCCUUCAAUGAGUUCACACAGGUGCCGUCGGUGCUGGAGCAGCUGCCCGCUGUCGAGAGGCUCUGCAUGGCUGGGAAUAAAGUGUGUGUGCUGAUGCUGCAGGCCUUCCGUCUGCUGACGCUCAAACACAUCGACCUGCGUCUGAAUCAGAUCUCCGCUGUGUUGCCGGACGAGCCAGAGUUUCUGCGUCACGUGACACAGCUGGAUGUGAGAGACAACUGUCUGAGUGAGCUGGACGCGUCUGUCUUCCCUCGGCUGGAGGUGCUGCACUGUCAGAGGAACCGCAUCAGGCGUCUGCGUCUGCGUGGCUGCGCGCUCAAGGCUCUCUACGCCUCCAGCAAUGAGCUGCAAGAGCUGCACAUGAGUCCUGCGGCCUCCAGCCUCACAUACCUGGACAUCUCCAGGAACUGCAUGAAGGCUCUUCCUGAUUGGCUGAGUGACAGCAGGAAGCUGGAGGUUCUAGACGUCAGUCACAAUCACAUCGCUGAGCUUCCUCCGUGGUGA